AUGGAGGGUUAUGGCCGGGAGGCCCCUCUGGCACCUACGGAGCGGGCCGGACGUCCCCGCGAGCUGGUGACACGCGUCUCCUGCCUCCGAACAAACGGCCCCGUGAUUUGCGUUUCACACGUCACGAAACUCGUGUCACGUCCUGCCCGCUCCGGGGACCAGGAGCCCGCCGAUGUCUGCAGUUUCUCGCGCCCCGGGACGGGGGGGGCACGGCCCGCGCCCAGGACCGGCGUCUCCUCGCGGGAGGCGGACGCCUUCCCUUCCCUCUUCUCCAGUUCUGGCUCCGUUGCACCCGCGGUCCCCUUCCCCGCCCGCUCGCGCCCGGCACCGCGGGCUCGGCACGCUCUCCGUUUCCCCAGCCGUCGCGCCUGUCUCUCCCUGGGCGGCGGCCGGGCGCGCAGGAGUGAGCGGGCUCUCGGCUGCGGGGGGGUGUGGUGCGGCUGUGCGCAAGCGCGCUCUGGCCGCUCUUCCCGCCCCGGUUUCCCUCCGCCGCCUUCCGCGCACCCCUUCUCUUCCUCGCACUCUCCCGCGGUGCGAUCCCGCCCUCCGCACUACACACCUCACUCCUCUCAAUUUUCUUCCACUUCUCUCUCACCUCCUUUCCCCGCUCCCGGCUCCUCGCCCUUCCCUCACAUCCCUUCUUUCUCGGCCUCUUCCCGCCUCUGCUCUGCUCUUUCCUGCCGGCCGCUCGCACGCUCGCUGGCUCUCCACACUCCCGUAUUCAUUUUUCUCCUUUUCUCUCUUUCCCGCCUGCUGUGUCCCCUUCCUCCGCUUUCCUUCCUUCUGCCUGCUCUGCUCUCCUCCCCUGUCCCGCUCGGCUUUGGCCUUUGCAUCCGGGCCGCCAGCAAGCUCUCCGCUCCUUGCUUCCCCCUUUCUCUCCCUUUCCUUCCCCUCUCCUCUCCCGCCGUCUGGGCUUUUUUAUCCCGUCUGCCUUGGCUGCUCCCGGGCCGCUCCUCCGCCUGGCCUUCCAUUUCCGACUCUGUCCCAUCGUCUCUCUCCCUCCUUCUCCUUCCCCCAGCCUCGCUCUCCCCGCCACGGUCUCCUUUCCUCACCUCUCUCUGCCUGCUUAGCUGGGGACCGCCCCCCACCCCAGCCUGUCUUCUCUCUCAUCUCUCGCUUCCUUUUCCCCUCUCCUCAUUCGUUUUUUUCCCCCUACACUUUCUCUUCAUCUUUCCUCUUUGCUCCCCUCUCUUGCUCAUCUCCAUCCCUUCUCUCCCCACUGCUCUUCUCUCUCCCCCCCCUUCCAAUCUCUCUUGCUCUUUCCUUUCUCUCCUUUUUGAAUCUGUCACCUCUUCUCUCCUGCCAGACUUCUCCCCUCCACUGGCCUCCUUUCCUCUGCACCUUGUCUCCCAGUGUCAGGGAGGCCCCUCCAGGCUCUGCCAGCCACAUCCUCUCCCUUUGCCUCCCCUCCUUCCCUCUCCCUUCCUGAAGUUCGGAGCUGACAUCCUCCCAGGGAUCUGCGCAGCCUGGAACAGGGCUGCCAAGCCAGGCCUUCCCACCCCCACCCCACCCCCGAGGGUGGAAGGGCCUCUGUGACACCCAUUUUCUCUUUUUUCUGUCUGUCCCGGAUGCUGCCCACUGCCUGGAGGAAGGACGCCUGCCCCCGGCCUAGGAACCGAGGAGCUGGCUCAGAGAUGAAGACACUUGCAUGAAGCAUGGAGCAUGGGAGGACUUCAUUUUGCAGUUGGGAACACAGGCACCCGUGUUCCUGAAGACCAGCACCUGCUAAGACAGAGGCUUCAUGGGAACCCCAACCUUCUCAAGGGCCAAGAGCACCCCCUGAAAAGCUCUUUUCUUCAGAGAGAGGGUCCACAUGGGCCUGACCUCCCCAGAGUAUCCAGCCGAGCAUGCUAUGGGCCUGAGGGGCAUUCUCAAGCAGGGUGAACUCUUUUAUCGCCACCUACUGAUAGAGGACAGAACUGUUACCAAGCUGUAUUAGAUACCAGGAAUGGUCUCAAGCAAAACUCUGCAAAAAUGAAAAUUUUUACUCCUGGUCAAUAUGGUACGGUACCCAGCAAGCUUCAUAGCGUGCCAACGUACACCUCCAGACUGACUUCGUGUUUUCAAGUCAUCCUACGGCUGGCUUCUCCUCUGCAUUGCCACAGAAAUACAUACAUGACCACUGUGGGAAACUAAGGAAAGUGGGAUUUACUUUACAGGUUGCCUGGGAGCCUAUUUCUAGGAAUUGGGCCAAAUCGAGUUUUUCUUUGUAAUGACACCAUUAUGCCUUGCUGACUGGGAGGUGGGUGCAGGCAAAGAUGAAUGACUGACAGCUGAAGAGGCCUCAGAGAUUAGUCCCGGAUUCUCACCAUGGCAUCUCUCUGAUGGGUUAAAUAAAGGCGCCUAUAGAACUCCUUCCAAAAGCCACCUGCUACAAUGCUCAAUUUGGGAUAGUAAAGUCUUCAAAUACUAAAGUUAGCCUUAUAUAUUUUAAAAGAUUGCCUGUCCUAUAACUGCGCUAAGUAUACCUAAAUGCUGGGCUGGGGAAAAGGGUUUCCUAAAUGUCAGAGAGCAGAUAACAUUUUGUGGAGCAAAGAAGCGCAUCCAAAGGGCGAGGCAGGAAACUGGAGAGGGAGGCCGUCCUUUCACUGAGCAUUUACCUUGCAGGUGCUUUCAUAUCUUAGACCACAGGUUAGGAGGCCGGGGGGAAAGGCACAGGAGGGAGAUAGUGGGCACUGAGCUCCGUGGAGAUGGAGAGGCAGAGACAGAGGGGGCUUAGAGGGUGGUAUCUGAGGGACUCAUUAAGGUUGGGAGGUGCUCCUCAGUGACGCUGAAAAAGAGGAACAGACUAGAAACUAAGACACUUCCAAAGCCAGGCUGAGGGGCUGGGACUUUGCCCUGAGAGCACUGGGCAGCCAUGGGAGGGCUAGGAAUAGAGGAGGAGUGAGGGGGGCAGCUUUGGUGUCAGAAGUACCCCCACGAGGCCAGGGAGGAGGCUGGGCUGACAGGUCCAGGUAGAGAAGGAUGAGGCCAGGGUUGGGGCCAUGGGGGACAGGACAAGGGGUGAGGCAGGAAGGAACAGCAGAGUCGGGCAAUGCAGUGCUCCAGCCUAUGAGGCCAAGCAGAUGGUGGCACCACUUCCUGGGUAGGAUUCCUGCAGGAGCUCUGACUGGGGGCGGAUGGGUGGCAGAGACUCUCUGGGCAGCACUGCCUGGGGAAGGAGCCGGGGGUCUGGAGACCAGGAGGGGAGUCUGAGCGGGAGACGGGUUUGAGGAUAGUCAGCAAGAGGGGCUCCAGUGUGGAUGGGAGGUGCCCGACGCUGCCCCAGCAAGUCCUCCUCUGGCAGCAUGUCCUGCAGACAUACGUGCACGUGUGCACACGGAGAUCCCUGCAGCUCUGCUUGCAACAACCCUGAGGGUCCCUCCACAGGGACCAAUGAUGUCACCUCCGAGCCAGCCACAUCACAGAAGGAAGAUGCACUUUACAGCCAAGAUGGAAACCUCUCCAACUCAGAGAAAGAG